UGGAGAAUAAGAACACCAUGUUGACUACCAAAACUGAUGCCCCGCUACUUCUGGGCGGUGGUCAGUUCGCCAGACACACCCAAUCCACUAUCAAGCGCUCCGAUUUUCCCAAGGAUUUUCUCUUUGGUUCUGCAACGUCGGCUUAUCAGGUUGAAGGUUGUUGGGCCAAAGAUGGUAAAGGCAUGAGUAAUUGGGAUUGUUUCACACAGAGGCAACCUGAUAAAAUUGCAGAUGGUAGCAAUGGAUGUGUUGCUAUUGACCAAUAUAAUAAGUUCAAGGAGGAUGUGGCGUUGAUGAAGAAAGUAGGUUUGGAUUCUUAUAGAUUUUCAAUUGCAUGGACUAGAAUCUUGCCAGGAGGAAAAUUAUGUUAUGGCGUGAGCAAGGAAGGAAUUAAGUAUUACAGUGAUCUUAUAGAUGCACUCUUAGAUGAAGGAAUCACUCCAUGUGCAACUAUCUUCCACUGGGAUGUUCCUGAAUGCCUAGAAAAAGAGUAUGGUGGCUUCUUAAGCCCCGAAAUUGUGAAGGAUUUUAGUGAUUUUGCUGAGGUUUGCUUCUGGGAAUUCGGUGAUCGAGUGAAAUAUUGGAUCACAAUGAACGAGCCAUGGUCCUUUACAUUACAGGGUUAUGUAUUAGGCUCUUUUCCGCCAUGUAGGGGUUCUAAUACUCCAGCGUCUCUGGAACAGGAUUACUGUCAUCACAGAUGUCAUGUGGCUCCGACUAUUUGCCCCAAUGGAAAUCCGGGCACAGAACCAUAUAUUGUGGCACAUAAUUUGAUACUUUCUCAUGCAGCAGCAGUUGAUAUAUACAAGCAAAAAUAUCAGGCACAUCAAGGAGGCCAGAUAGGGAUCACAAAUGUCUCAUGUUGGUAUGAACCUCUUACUGACACUCAAGCAGACAGAGACGCUGCUUCAAGGGCUCUCGAUUUUAUGCUAGGAUGGUUUGUAGCACCUAUAGUAACAGGUGAUUAUCCACAAAGUAUGAGAAAAAUAGUGGGAAAUCGUCUUCCCCAGUUUACACGAGAAGAGAUGAAGUUGGUAAAAGGAUCGUAUGACUUUUUAGGCAUAAACUAUUACACAGCUAAUUAUGCCAGCCACCAACCUUUAAAGCCAGGCUCUCCACCGGAUUACAAUACAGACCGCCUUGGUAGAUAUACAACUGAACGUGAAGGGAAGCUGAUUGGUCCAAAGAAAGUAAAUUACAGAAGUAUAUUGCUUACAGGAAUUCUCUUGAUGGCUGGGUCGGACUGGCUCUCCAUUGUUCCAUCUGGAAUUUAUAAGCUUAUGCUUUAUAUGAAGAACACAUAUAAUAAUCCCGUCAUUUACAUCACAGAGAACGUUAUUGAAAAAAUAACUCCAUCAUCUCAUGUAGGGGUGGAUGAAAAGAAUGAUAAUACCCUAACAGUUGCAGACGCUUGCAAAGAUGAGACGAGGAUUAAGUAUCACCAUGACCAUCUCGUCUAUCUUAAAAAAGCAAUGGAUCAAGGUGCAAAUGUGAGGGGUUACUUCAUAUGGUCAAUGUUUGACAACUUUGAAUGGGGUGCUGGAUACAGUGUUAGAUUCGGCAUUUUCUAUUUAGACUACAAAAAUGGCCUUUAUACAAGAUUUCCGAAAAACUCAGCAAAAUGGUGGAUGAAUUUUCUUGAUAAGAAGACUAUAAUUUCAUUGAAGAGACAAGCUCAAGAAAAUGAUGAAGGGUAUGGCUCUGUGAAAAGGCUAAAAAACAUUAAAGGGUGAAGUAAUUAAUUUUUUCUGAAGUGUCAUGUUGAAUACUUGAUGAUGCAUGCAUGCAUGCAGUUGGUCCUUUUAUUCCCUUUUAAUUUAGUGUGAGGCUCUGAAAGCCAUGUUGCAACUUGUACUCUUUAUUUCAAAUAAAUGAAGCCCUUUGAGGCACCAAUUGGAAUAA